AUGACGGUCGCUGACAAGGAGAAUGUCCCUCCGCCCGUCGCCAAAGUCCGCGGUCGUCUCUAUGGCGGCACACCACAAUCCGUGGACCGUCUUAUCAAACCAUUCAAAUGCCCCGGCACCAGCACACCCACACGAGCGUCCGAGAAGCCUGCUCGCAAGCGGCGCAAAGUCGACUACGCCGGUGGCGAUGGUAGCGUUGAGGAAGGCGACAAACCGUACACGAAUGAAGACCGGCUGGCAUUAGCGACUCGGGACGUCAAUCGUUUCCCGGUGUUCAAACCGAAGGACAAGGACUCGGCAUUUCGGUCGAGGUUUGCGGUGCCAUUGAAGAACAAGGAUACGACCUCGUAUAACUCAUCGAGACCGCCGCCGUUGUUGGGACUGCGAGCAGGCACGGUGUUUGUCGCGAAGCCGCUGCAUGAUCCGACUGGGGAGUUCGCGAUUGUCUUGUUCGAUCCGACGGUGGAUGGGAAGGCGGAGCUGAAAGAGAUAGAAGAUGGGAAGGAUGGCUUGGAGGGCUCGCAGAAGAAGAAGUUGGACGAGCCAUUGAUGCACAAGAGUCUGGCGGAUAUCCUGGGCAUCAAGAAAGUUGUGGAUACGGAGAGGCCAAAGGUGCCGGUGGUGAUCGACCCGAGACUGGCAAAGGUGCUGCGGCCGCAUCAAGUCGAGGGUGUCAAGUUCAUGUAUCGGUGUACGACGGGCUUGAUCGAUGCCAAUGCGGAGGGAUGCAUCAUGGCUGACGAGAUGGGUCUGGGCAAGACGUUACAGUGCAUCACGCUGAUGUGGACUUUGCUAAAGCAAUCACCGGAUGCUGGCAAGAGCACGAUACAGAAGUGUGUCAUUGCUUGUCCAUCCAGUCUGGUGCGUAAUUGGGCGAACGAGCUGAUCAAAUGGCUGGGCCCGGAUGCGAUCAAUCCUUUCGCAGUGGAUGGGAAGGCUUCCAAGGAGGAGUUGACACAGCAAAUGCGGAGCUGGGCUUCGGCGACUGGACGUGCGGUGACUCGUCCGGUGUUGAUUGUGUCCUACGAGACUCUGCGACUGUAUGUCGAUGAGCUGCGAACACCCAUCGGUCUCAUGCUUUGCGACGAAGGACAUCGUUUGAAGAACGGUGAGAGCCAAACAUUCGAGGCACUCAACCGGUUGAAUGUCAGCAAGCGGGUCAUCUUGUCUGGAACGCCCAUCCAGAACGAUCUCUCAGAGUACUUCGCUCUACUUACUUUCGCCAACCCAGGAUAUCUCGGAACACGACUGGAAUUCCGCAAGAAGUUUGAGAUUCCUAUCCUUCGCGGUCGUGACGCCUCUGGCACAGAAGCCGAUCAGCAAAAGGGCAACGAACGCCUCAAAGAACUCCUCGAACUGGUCAACAAGUUCAUCAUCCGCCGCACCAACGACAUCCUCUCGAAAUACCUCCCGGUCAAGUACGAGCACGUUGUCUUCUGUAACCUCGCACCCUUCCAACUCGACCUCUACAACUACUUCAUCAAAUCCCCCGAAAUUCAAUCCCUCCUCCGCGGCAAGGGCUCACAACCCCUCAAAGCCAUUGGCCUUCUCAAGAAACUCUGCAAUCAUCCCGAUCUCCUGAAUCUCCCUGACGACCUUCCCGGGUGUGAAUCUCACUUUCCCGAAGACUUCGUUCCCAAGGACGCCCGCGGCCGUGAUCGCGAUGUCAAACCCUGGUACUCGGGCAAGAUGCAAGUUCUCGACCGCAUGCUCGCGCGCAUCCGCCAUGACACCAACGACAAAAUCGUGCUGAUCUCAAAUUACACGCAAACCCUCGACGUGUUCGAGAAGCUCUGCCGCAAUCGCUCCUAUGGCUGCCUUCGCCUCGACGGCACCAUGGCCGUCAACAAACGUCAGAAACUCGUCGACAAAUUCAACAACCCAGACGGCGAAGAAUUCGUCUUUCUUCUCUCCUCCAAAGCCGGUGGCUGCGGUCUGAACCUCAUCGGAGCCAAUCGCCUCGUGCUCUUCGAUCCGGAUUGGAACCCUGCCGCCGACCAGCAAGCCCUCGCCCGUGUUUGGCGUGACGGCCAAAAGAAGGACUGUUUUGUCUAUCGCUUCAUCGCCACGGGCACGAUUGAAGAGAAGAUCUUCCAACGCCAAUCACACAAGCAGUCCCUGUCUUCUUGCGUUGUCGACAGCGCGGAAGACGUGGAGCGGCAUUUCAGUCUGGACAGUUUGAGGGAACUGUUCCAGUACCGUCCCAACACAACGAGUGACACGCACGACACGUUCAAGUGUAAGAGGUGUAAGGGCGGCAGGCAGUACGUCAAAGCUCCGGCGAUGCUCUAUGGCGACACCAGCAGUUGGAAUCAUUUUGUGAAUGAGGAGGGUGUGGAGGGACCGCUGGCGCGGAUUCAGGAUUUGUUAUUGAGGCAGGAGGGUGGAGGGAGGGAUGUGAGUGCUGUUUUCCAGUAUAUCAGUCAUUGA